GCACCAUUGCUGCUUGACAAUGCAGUCAUCUUCUUCAGCCCGGAAGAGCGGGCCUUAUUGAGGGUUGCUCAGAAGAAAGUCUACAGGGACGUGAUGAUGGAAAUCUUGGAAAAUCUGGACUUCAUAGUAGAGAGAUCUUUUCAGUGUAUGGAAGGUGAGAAGAUCUUUUCACCGUCGGAUCACCUCGUUAAACAAAGAGGAAUUCACACAAGACGAUAUGAACGUAAGGAAUGUGAUGAAGCAUUUUCAAAGUCCAGGCACCUCAUUAGACAUAGAAUUCACGGAAGACAGAGGCCUUAUAAAUGCAAGGAAUGUUUAAAGACCCUUUGUCACUUUUCUCAUCUUAGAAGACACACAAGAACACACACAGGAGAGAAGCCUCUUGAAUGUAAAGAAUGUGGGACAUCAUUCCCACGGUUAACUGCUCUCAAAGAGCACAGAAAAAUCCACACAGGGGAGACACUUUAUCAAUGUACAGACUGUGGGAAGAUAUUUUCUCAGUCAGAUCGCCUCACUUCACAUCGAGCAGUCCACACAGGAGAGAGACCUUAUGAAUGUCAGGACCAUGGGCAAACAUUGAGCCAGUCACGUCCACUCAAGUUACAUAGAAGAAUUCACUCAGGAGACAGACCUUACGAAUGUCAAGAAUGUGAGAAAACAUCUACCCAGUCAUGUGUCCUCACGUUACAUAAAAGAAUUCACACGGGAGAGAGACCUUACGAAUGUCAGGACUGUGGGAAAACAUUUUCACAAUCAAGUCACCUCACUAGACAUAGAAGAAUUCACACAGGAAAGAGACCUUAUGAAUGUCAGGAAUGUGGGAAAGCUUUUUCACAUUCAGGUGCCCUCACGGUACAUAGAAGAGUCCACACAGGAGAGAGACCUUACGAAUGUCAGGAAUGUGGGAAAGCAUUUUCAAAUUUGAGUAACCUCACUGUACAUAGAAGAGUUCACACAGGAGAGAGACCUUUUGAAUGUCAAGAAUGUGGGAAAACAUUUUCCCUAUCAGAACAGCUCACUCGACAUAGGAGAAUUCACACAGGAGAGAGACCUUAUGAAUGUCAGAACUGUGGGAAAGCUUUUACAGAUUCAGGUGCCCUCACUGUACAUAGAAGAGUCCACACAGGAGACAGACCUUAUGAAUGUCAACAAUGUGGGAAAACAUUUUCACAGUCAGUUAAGCUCACUCGACAUAUAACAGUUCACAGAAGAGAGAGACCUUAUGAAUGUCAUGAAUGUGGGAAAACAUUUUCCCAAUCAAGUCAGCUCAAGAUACAUAGAAAAAUUCACACAGGACGAAGACCUUAUGAAUGUCAGGACUGUGGGAAAACAUUCUCACAUUCAGGUCACUUCACUGUACACAGAAGAGUCCACACAGGAGAGAGACCUUGGGAAUGUCAGGAACGUGGGGGAAACUUUACGCAGUCAAAUUCGCUCACGUUACAUAGAAGAUUUCACACAGGAGAGAGACCUUUUGAAUGUCAUGAAUGUGGGUAA